AUGAAUCAGGCCUACAAGCCAACAUUAACUCGAUUUUUAAAUGCUGGUGGCUUGAUCGGAAGCUCACCAGCAGAGGUAGCUAAAGGCAAAAAUCUCAAACUGGUGGAUUCUCCUGUGUCUGGUGGUGUCAAAAAAGCUUCCAUGGGAGAACUUACAAUAAUGGCUUCAGGCACAGAGGAUGCACUAAAGUCUGCUGGCUCAGUUCUAUCAGCAUUAAGUGAGAAGCUCUAUGUUAUUAAAGGAGGCUGUGGAGCUGGAAGUGGUGUAAAAAUGGUUAAUCAAUUGCUUGCUGGAGUUCACAUAGCAUCGGCAGCUGAGGCAAUGGCAUUUGGAGCUCGAUUGGGUCUUAAUACUAGGACUUUGUUUGAUUUUAUUACUAACAGUGGAGGAACAUCCUGGAUGUUUGAGAAUCGUGUUCCACACAUGUUGGAUAAUGAUUACACACCAUACUCUGCACUCGAUAUCUUUGUGAAGGAUCUGGGUAUUGUUACUCGUGAAUGCUUAUCCCAUAAACUUCCACUUCAUAUUUCAACUGUUGCACACCAAUUGUUCCUGUCAGGCUCUGCCGCUGGCUGGGGUAGGCAGGAUGAUGCUGGUGUGGUUAAGGUAUGCACCCUUUAUGCCUCUGUUUUUCUUCAAGAUAAGAGCAAAAUAGCUUAUGGAUGUUAG